GCUGCCUGGUCCAUCCGGGCUUUGAGACACGGUCGCCGCCGCCGUCGCCGCUCCUCCCGCUGCUGUUGCUGCACUUCCCCUCGUCCGCGCUACAGGGGCCAAAGUUUCCUCGGCAAUUAUUUGACAUUAGUAUGUAUGGAAUGUAGGUUCCCACAGGCCACCAUGCAGGCCCCCACAGAACAUCAUAUUUGAACAAAUGUGUUCGACUAACUGUCAGUGUGCACUUCACUAUGGACCGCACAAGGGAUGUGGAGCACAGCAAUACCCUCACGCUCCACAAUGACAGAUGACAGAAGUACUAUGCUAUACAUUCUUGAGGAGCCUCAGAUGCGCAGAGAAGGAGAGAGGCUUCAGACAUUUCAGAGCUGGCCAACAGACUCUCCCGUCACAUGCGGGGACUUGGCCAAGGCGGGAUUCUUCUUUUUAGGUCCGGGAGAUAAAGUCCAGUGUUUCUGCUGUGGCGGCGUUUUAAGAUGUUGGGAACAAGGAGACAGCCCGUCCGCCGAGCACAAGCGGCACUUCCCCACUUGCAGCUUCAUACUGGGCCGAGCCGUGGGAAACGUUCCGCUGCUGGGGGGGUCAGCGGACUCCGUGGACGGACAACUGUUGAGCCAACUCCAGAGGAUGACGAUGGACGACCAGGGGACGGCGGGGCAGGCCGUCUACCCUGAGAUGGAGUCGGAGGGUUCCCGGCUCACGACCUUCCACAACUGGCCCACGGAGGCCUCAGUCCAGCCAGAUGUUCUUGCUAGAGCUGGAUUUUUCUACACAGGUCACGGUGACAAUGUCAAGUGCUUCUACUGCGACGGAGGUCUCAGGAACUGGGAGCCAGGAGAUGACCCCUGGCAGGAGCAUGCUAAGUGGUUCCCGCGUUGUGAAUUUUUAAUCCAGUCAAGAGGACAGGAAUACAUCAGCAACAUCCAGCAUGCUCAUUUCCAUCUGGGUGAGAGUGUGGGUGGCUCACAGACAUCCACUGGCAGAGAAAUUGGCUCCAGAAAUGACGUUGUCGGUGGCUUGGCAGCGUCGUCGGUCAUGCUCUCUCCAGUGGUGCACACGGUGCUCCAGAUGGGCUUUGAACCCACGCUGGUAGAGAGUCUGGUCCAGACCAAGUACCUUUUGACAGGCCAGCACUACUUGCAUGUGUCGAGCCUGGUCAGUGAUGUGUUACAAGCUGAGGAGGAGGACAGGCAGAGGAGGCCACGGAGCAGAGAGCCUGACAGGAGGCAAGGCCCCGACGCUGGGAACAUGAGGAUGAUAACGCCGCUGAGAGAGAAAGCGAAGGAGCCCGGUCCCGAAGAGCUUUUGAGGCAGCUGCAGGAGGAGAGGACCUGCAAGGUGUGCAUGGACAAGCUGGUGUCCAUCGUGUUCAUCCCCUGCGGUCAUCUGGUGGUGUGUGGCGACUGUGCUGCCAGCCUGCGUCACUGCCCCAUCUGCAGGGCCAUCAUCAGAGGAAGUGUCCGCGCCUUCAUGUCCUGAGGCGCUGCAUGGCAAAU